AAAAAACAUGCAUUUAAGAAAAUUUUUGUAUUGUUGGCCCCUGAAAUAUGGCGUUAUUACAGUGGGCAUAGCUUUUGGACUCACGGACUUCAUCGUGGGCAGCGUUGGAUGGGACAUGGUUAUCAGAAACAAAUAUCCGGACUAUGUGGUCGAGUUCUUCAGAACCAUGGACACCCGAAUCUGUGUGUCCGGAUUUGCCACCGUUUUCUGGUUGAUGAUGACCGACCACUUCCUUUUGAUCUAUGCCGUCUUUUACCACAAACUUCUGAUAAUCGGAACUUGGCUGUUGAUAAACUACAUGGUAUUUUUGUUCACCCUUGUCACCGUGUUGUUGGAUAGCUUGCUUAUCCUUAGAAUAAUUGCCCUCGGAUACUGCUUGAUCGUGGUGAAGUCCUAUUAUAGUGAGUUGGCUGAGGCUCAGGAGGAAUCAUCCGAUUCCAGCGUGGAAUCAACUAGCGAUCAAACUAGCGAUUAAAAUGCCUCAAAUGUAAACAUUUUUUAAGUCAA